AAAACAAUCAAUCCCAGCCCUUCAUUCUAACACCGAAUGGCUCUCACUUGAGUACACGUGCUCCCAAUAUUUUCUUGCCUUUUUAAUGUUUUGCUUCCAUGCAUGGAAUUCUCCUCCAACUAUACCACACAAACAAUUUACAUAAAUUCAGAGAGAGAAAAUUUCUACAUUCAUUCCAACACUCACCAACACAACCAGCCAUGGCUUUGCUUUGAUUCUUCUUCUUCAUCGCCAUCGUUUGUUGCCAUCGUUUGCUACCAAAAUUGCCCAGUAAAACUGAUCAAUUGAGUCUUUAAAUGCGUGUUCUUGAGAAAUGUAAAGUUAAAGAAGGUUUCUUUUUGGUGGGUGCCUCUGAUCUUAUUCUUGUUAUGUGCUACUUCACAAAACAAAACUGUCCCAUCUUUUUAUGUUUUUUGAUUCCGUCAUUAGAUUGGUAAAGCAAUAAUUAAACUUGGGUGAUCUCGUGAUGAUCUUGUGAUUUGGUUGAUCUGGGUAUUUGAUUUUGCUUGCUGUUGGGUAUCUGCAAAAUGCAGUAUUUUUGAAGAAUGUUUUGUUGAGAUAGUAGAAUUUCAAGCUAUAUAUUGUUGAUCUUGUUUCGUUUUCUGGGUAGUUUUUAGUUUUGUUCAAUUUCGGAUCAAUAAUCAUGGAGGUAAAUGCGAAGAAAAAAUUGUUCAUCUGUAAGUUCUGUAACAAGAGGUUUCCGUGUGGGAAAUCGUUGGGCGGUCAUAUAAGGAUCCACUUGAGUGGGAGUCAUAAGAAUUCGAAUGGAAAUGGGAAUUCAACUGAUGAUAUAGAAGAAGAGAGAUUUGGUGGCAAGAAGGAAAUGGAGUUUGAAGCAGCUAACAAUGCACAAUCUAGCUAUGUUCUGAGAGAAAAUCCCAAGAAAACUAGGAGAUUUGUGCCUGAUUCAACCAAUCCUAACUUUUUCUUGGAGAAUGUUUGCAAGGAAUGUGGCAAAGGGUUCCAAUCAAUGAAAGCUCUCUCUGGACAUAUGGCUUGUCACUCCAAGAACAGCUUUGAAGAUCAAUCAGAGACUACUGAGAAGCAGCUGAAAGAUCAGAUUUUUGAUAGCCAAUCGGAUACCGAAACGUCCUCAGCUCCUAGUAAGAGGAGGAGAUCCAAGAGAAUGAGGUAUAAGAAUAUUAGUGUUUACUCUUCUUCACAUUGUUUACUUAAUACUGCUUCUUUAUCCUCUGCUUCUGAUAUUGAGCAUGAACAAGAAGAGGUAGCUAAGAGUUUGAUGAUGUUGUCUAAGGAUUCUGCUUUUAAGGGGUGCUUUAGUUCAAUUGGUGAUUCGUCUGAUAAUAAUUCUGUUGUUUUAGAGACUAAGUCAUCCACAUCUCAUAAAUUGAGGAUUAGUAUUAAGAAUAGUAAUGGAAUUAUGGAGACCAAGAAAGUAAAGCAGCAUGAAGUGAUGUCUUUUGGAGAUGAUUACUCUGAUAAUUCUGAUUCUGGGUACUUUAGAAAUGGACCUAAGAAUGUUGAAUCUGAUAUCUCGGUUCACGGGUCUGCUUCGAUCGAUGAAUAUAAGAAGCAUAAGGCGGAAUUCGGGUCUAGACUUGAAGAUGAAAUUAGUCCUGAAUUGGGGAAAAGAGUAAGAAGGUUAAGGCUUAUUAGAACAGAAUUCGGGAAGAAUGUGAUCGAGGAAGAUGGAUACGAUCAUGAAACUGAUCGAGUUUCUUCGAAGUAUACUUCAAGAAUUAGAGACAAGAAUAAUGACUCUAACAACCCGGAACUGCUCAGCAACAUUGUUUCAAAAACAGGCAAAUGGCCAAGUAACAGAAGCAGGCAUAGAAGGAUUAUUGGCUGUAGUGAUUCACUGUAUGAAAGUGGCGAAAACAGCGUCGAUACGGACUCUGCUCCUAAUCAUGGUAAGAGAAAGAUCCAAUCGAGCAAUGGAAAAAACCCCGUAAAGCACAACUUAUCGAGCGAUGCCGAUAAAAAAUCGAGCUUGCGAAAAAACAAAGUACAUGAAUGUCCAUUUUGCUCUAGGGUGUUUAAGUCAGGUCAAGCAUUAGGUGGGCACAAGCGGUCCCAUUUUGUUGGAUGUGGCGAGGAUCGAACGGUGGUGAUCAAUCAAGAAGUUUCCGAGAUGUCGAUGCCUGCGCUAAUCGAUCUCAAUCUCCCCGCUCCUAUGGAGGAAGAAGCAAAUGGAUACUAUAUACCAUCAUGGUAAACUAAACUAGGUCUAUGAAGCGAUCUCUAAUGGCGAGCGAGUUCAUUGAUGAAGAUGACAGCAAUGCUUAGAGUGUACAGGAAGGUUUUGGCUCUUUUGCUUCAGAUUCAAGGAUGUCUUAAUCUAACAGAAGGGCAACUGUUCUAUUUGUUGCUUAUGAAAUUGUAAGAAGCAUCAUUUUUGUUUUUUGUUUUUGUUUUUUUGCUUUAAAUUUAUAGGCCCUUUUGCUUUGGUAAACAUAAAAAACAACAGUUUAAAUUCCAAGUUUCUUUCUUUA